GGCAGCGCGGAGUGAAAGGGCUUCACCCACCCACCCGCCCUUGGGCCUGGGGGGCGGGGGGGCUGAGCUGCCUGGCAGCCGCCCUACAAGCGGCAGCCUGGGGCCGGGACCGGGCGAUGUCCCAUCCCGUGUGCGCCAGGGGCAGAAUCAAUCUGUCAGUUGUCGGCAGUUCAGGGGCCGCAGCUUCUUCCCGCGCACGGUCACUUUCUGACCUUCCGAGCAGCCCGGAUCCACUUCCGCCUUCCCCGCGGCCCCGCCCUGUCACGCCAUCCCCUCCCUCCCUCGCUCCCUCCCAACCUUCACUCGCUUUCCCCAGGCUGGGGCAGGCUCUGGGCUGGAUAAACAUGGGAGCGAAUGAAAUCAGGACAUGUCCCUGUGGGGAGGGGGUUUCACUUGUUGCUAAAGGGCAGGGGGAGCCCUCAGUCUCUGUCUGAUUGUGUCUUCCUCCUCAGGUUAGUGGGGUUGAGUUUCCUGGGUGAGAUGCUGCUGAUUCAGAAAAGGAUUAGCCAUUUAUAUGGCCAAUAUCAUCCAAACAUCUGGUAUACAAAAUGUAGAAGGGAUAUAAAUCCUCAUGCUUCAGGAUAUAAGCCUGCCACUAACUGAUGGGGGUCAGGAAGAAACUUAUCUGAUGGGCAGGUUAAUCCAUAAUUGUUUGGUAUGGGUUUCUCAGACUUAACUCUGAUGCAGCUGGGCCUGUGACUUGCCCUGAAAAAUAGAUCAUUGGUGGGCCUUUAUAUUAUCAGGCUGAUCAUUUUUUGUUUUGCAGUAGUGUUUAGAUGUCCCAACCAAAAUUCAGGAUCCCAUUCAAAAAUAUAGUAAGAGAUUGUCUCGUGCCUCAAAUACAAUCUAAACAAAUAGACAAGAUAGGCAAACAGUAGAAUAAAGUAUUAUUAACCUCCAUUUAUAGAUGGGGAACUGAGGCAGAGAUGAAGGACCAGAUUUUUAAAGGUAUUUAGUUGCUUAAGAUGCAAGCAGAUGCUUAAAGGUGCUUUUGAAAAUUGCACCAGCAGGUUAGGUGCAUAACAUCCACUGAUUUCAAUAGGAGUUAGGUGCCAAACCUAACUUAAGCACUACUGGUCUAUUUCCCGUUUGAAUUUUCACCAAAACCAAUAUGGUUCUGUUCACUGAUGCCUAGAAUAUUCCUGGAAUUUUGGAAUUGCUUAGAUGUGAUGUUCACAAGUUCAUGUUACAAAUAGAGAAAUGCCAUCAAGUAGAGUGAAGAACUCACAUUACUCAGUAAACAAGUUUUCAGAUGUGAUCUGUGUGAGGAAAACUUCUUCAUAUAAAGAAUAUUUCUCCCAACCCGCCGUGUCUCACACCUACACUACCCUGCAGCAACAGGAGAGCUCAGUGACAUGAAAAGGUAGUUUUACGACAGGAUUAAGGGCAUGGGUGCAAACAAAGUGGUUUAAAAGUGAUGGGUGCAGUCAGUUGUUACAUGAUGAUGUACACAGUCUAUGACAUUGCCAUUGCCAAGGAAACAAUUGUGACAUCUCAUGCAGAGGAGUGUAAACAAGAAGCAGGCAGCAUUAUCUUCUGCAAAUAUAAACAACUUGUUUGUCUGAGUGAUUGGUUGAAUAAGAUAUUAUAUUACACCCAUAACAUCACAGGCCAAAACACCUGGCUUUCUUGUCACCGCUGUGGUGAUGGCACUUUCACAUCACUGGUAUCUGAUGGCCAUAGAUGGUCAAACCUUGUGGGAUUUUUCCUUAUAUGGACACUCAGAGCCACAAGUAACAAGAUGACCCAUCUCAGAGUGGAACAUGACAACAGCGAAGACAACGACAGCAGAGACACCUCCGAAGAAAUGCCCUAGAGCCCUUGGGUUGUCACACUUCAGGAAUGUGCGUGAGGUACUAGGAGACUUGGAGAUGGGAGGUGUCCUGCUGGCCGUAGCCACUUUCGAUCUCCUGGCUUCUAUCCCCUGCCCUGCUGGCAGGGCAUUGUGCAGCACCCUUUCCAGCCCACCUGGGUGCAGGAGAUCGAGGAAGAGAGCAUCUGCCAUCCAGCUCCAGCCCAUCUAGAGCAAAGACCCCCAGUGCCUAGCAGGAGUGGGCUGAGGAGGAGGAAGAGGGGGUUAAGGCGGAGGAGGAGGAAGAGAAGGAGGAGGAGGAUGUGUCCCCUGAACAAGACACCAUCAGAGUCAUCCAGGAGCACCUCUAGGGCAGAGCUGAGGAGCUGAUUGAAAAUCUGUCCAUGGUGCCAGAGCCAACCUCCAUCAUCUCCAGCUCCAUGGCGGCAGUUUGGAGCCUCAGAAAACUGAAGCCGCCACUUGCCCUGAAGCUGGAAUCAUGCCUCCUGCGGGCUCUUCUUUACACCCCCUUCACCAUGGGCACUGGGCAGGAUACCACCCACUUCCAGGCUCUGCACAACACCUCUUUACAGAGCCAGGACGCCAUGCUCGGGUGCCUGCUCACCAAGACACCCACCCCAGACAAGCUGCAGCACCUCCUGGAGCAUGACCAGUUCUGGCUCCACUCCAAAAACACCCAGGAGAGAGCUAGAGCCAUAUGGAGCAGCGCUGUCCUGCUCCAAUUCGCCACCUCCCUCCCCGGAUUUGACACCUCCUCCGAUUUCCCCAAGGCGGGCAACUCUGUGCUGCAGUCGGAUCUGUGCAUCUCUGACUCAGCCAACGACAUUAGUCGUCAAGCCAGGAGCGGGAUCUAUUGGAUGCAGAGGCGGGUGAGCUGUUAGUGAGUGGCCCAUCAAAAGGACACUUAACUCACAAUGGACCAUGGGAGACGCCCAUCUACACUGAACGGACUUUUCUGGGAACGUUCCAUCGAAAUAUCCAGCAAAGUAUCCAUCCUGCAAUGGCUGAGCAAAAUUGGGCAUGGACGGAGACUUGCCCAUGUGACUCCAAGCUCCCACCUUUCACCUGUGAUUUUCCACAAGCUGUGCUGAGGACUUUGAAACAAUGGGUUUCCCUCCACAUGGCAGAAGUUAAAGAGGCCCUGGAAACAUCUCCACUAUGCCUCUCUCCUGCUCCAGCCUCUUUCCUGCUCAACCCUCUGGACUAUGGACUUAUACCAAUGGGAGCCUCUAACCAAGGGAUUGAGAAUCUUCCAGUGAUUUGGAAGCACCCAGACUUAUCAAGCCAGCAGUUUAUUCCAUCACUGCUAUAAGCUUGAACCAAGAA